UUUAAGUUUCUCCUCAUCAUCUACUUGUUUACGUUUUUAACGUAUAAUUUGCAUAAUUUAGCCUUUUUUUUUCCUUUUAUUUUUUGAAAUUUUUUUUUAAUUCAAAGUCUAACGGUAAUUGUUUUAAUGAAAAAUGUUCAAUUUUUUUGUCUUGUAGUUUAUAACAUUAUAUCAUCUUUGUUUGUUUAGCCUUUUCCUGUCUUGGAUUGUACUUCCCUUGUUGUCUAUAACUAUUACUAUAAUGAAUUUGACACAUUGUUCUUAUUAGUUAAGUUUUUUCUAUAUUGAUUAUAGAUUGUGAUUACAAUUUUUUAUAAUAACUAUGGCAUGUGGUAUAUGCUCAUAUUCUUUCAAUCAUCAAAGUUGGUAUCUCUAUGCUUGGAUGGAUAUUAUGCUUUAAAUAUAAUUUUUAAUAGCUGCAGCCUGCAGCCUGUAGCAAGAUUCUGCCCAUAUAUGUGAUCAAACAUGUUACCAAUGCUUUACCAUGUCAAGGGAUAGGAAGUUAGAUGGUGGGCCUCUUGGCAUGUCAUUGCUUCUUUGAAAUAGUGAAAUGGAAAAGAGAAGAGUCAUAGAUGACUAUGAACCAGGACCAGUUCCUCCACAAAAACCCUUGGACAGAUUUGGUUUUAUAAAGCAGGAUGCUAGUAGCACUCCAGAAGGUUUAGCCAAGAGUAGAUUAAUUGUUGAAUACGAGAGGGAAGCUAUAAGAGUUAGAAAAUGGAGGAAAAUGAUUGGGGUUGGUGGGAAUGAUUGGAAACAUUAUGCAAGGAGAAAGCCUCAUGUCGUCAAAAGGCGUAUACGGAAAGGAAUUCCUGAUUGUUUAAGGGGUCUUGUUUGGCAGUUGAUCUCUGGCAGUCGAGACCUUUUGCUGCUGAACCCGGGAGUUUAUGAGCAACUUGUAAUUUAUGAGACAUCUGCUUCGGAACUAGAUAUAAUUCGGGAUAUAUCUCGCACCUUCCCCUCACAUGUUUUCUUUCAGCAGAGACAUGGCCCUGGUCAAAGGUCCCUUUACAAUGUUUUGAAGGCAUAUUCUGUGUUCGAUAGAGAUGUCGGCUAUGUCCAGGGAAUGGGUUUUUUAGCAGGUCUUUUGCUUCUUUAUAUGAGCGAAGAGGAUGCAUUUUGGUUGUUGGUUGCAUUACUAAAAGGGGCUAUUCAUGCUCCUAUGGAAGGAUUAUAUCAGGUGGGGCUGCCUCUUGUACAACAAUACCUGUUUCAAUUUGAACAAUUGGUGAGGGAGCACUUGCCAAAGCUGGGUGCACAUUUUAGCCAUGAGAUGAUAAAUCCAAGCAUGUAUGCUAGCCAAUGGUUCAUAACUGUUUUCUCAUACUCUUUGCCGUUCCCUUUGGCUCUUCGAAUUUGGGAUGUAUUUCUCUAUGAGGGUGUCAAGAUUGUCUUUAAAGUUGGUUUGGCCCUUUUAAAGUACUGCCAUAAUGAUUUGAUUAAAUUAUCGUUUGAGAAGCUCGUUCAUGCUUUACGUAACUUCCCAGAGGAUGCAAUGGAUCCAGAUACAUUGCUGCCCAUGGCUUUUUCGAUCAAGGUAUCCAGGAGCUUAGCAGAAUCAAAAAAUGAGUAUGAGAAGCAAAAUGGAAAGCUAAUGAAAUCUACAGAAUUGAUGGAGGUCCAUAAACAACUGCAUUGAAGGUCUCCAUGGCAGGGCAGGCUACCUGUACAUUCUUAUUCUCACUUUUUUUUUUUUUUUUUCUUUUUCAUUGUGUUAAUAAAAGUGUAAGCCAAAUUACCAACUUUUUUUUUUUUUAAUUGAUGUGUACCAAUCAUCCACAAUUGUUAUUUUCUUUCAUGAGUUG